AUGUCAAACCAAUUAGAAGAAACUGCAGUCCAAGACAAUAACCCAGUUGGAACCCAACCUACUGACAAUGCAACACCAACAACAGAGUCAAUAGCUGCACUACAAAAUGAACUUGGUACAGCUGAACAACAGGUUGCUUCUAUCAUUGAAUCCUUCAUUGAACUAGGUGUUUCAGUGUAUGAUUUCCCUGAUACUCCAGAGGCUACUCAAGGUAUGAUUACAAAUUUAAAAAGAAAUGUAGAAAGAUUAUUCAAGUUGAAUCAACGAAGUAAUGACCCAGAAUCUGCUUUAAAUUCUAUAAAUAUUCCUUUGGAAGUAAUCCAAUACAUUGAAGAUGGCAGAAAUCCUGAUAUUUACACAAGAGAGUUUGUGGAGGCAAUUCGUCGGUCCAAUCAAUAUCAACGUGCCAAGAUGCAUGCCCUCAAACAAUUGAGAGAUUCAUUGGCGGAAAAAAUUAUAGAAGAGUUUCCUGAUUUGGAAUCAAACGUCCAAAAUAUUGUAGAAAGAACUAACGAGAAAUAA